AUGUCCCACCACCAUGAGACAAAUCCACACUUUCUCCCCCGUCAACGCGAUCCGGUCAUCCAGUUUCCUUCACAAACGCCACCACGGCGUGCCAGGCCGCCGCCGCGCCACCACGGCCGUGCUCCAGUCGUGGUGGAAGCGCCGUCUCACGGCCACCCUGCCUACCACCCUGCACCACCUGAUGCCCCACCUACACACCACCCUCCACCGCCUCAUGGCCAGCCUACAUACCACCCUGCACCACCUGAUGGCCACCCCACACACCACCCUCCACCGCCUCAUGGACCCCCUGCGCACCACCCUCCACCACCUCAUGGCCGAACGUCGCCCCACCGUCCGACACAUGUUAAGCCCGUGACACCCCUUGUAGUUGAGGCACCGCACCAACCCCACCAAGAAUCCAGACCCCAUUCCGAUUCUCAUUCGCGUCCGCCUCAACACGGCAGUGGCGGCCACCACCAUUACCACCCCGCUUUCAUCCACCCCCCGACGUCACGACGGACCAAGCCGAUAGCCUGGCUGGUGGCAGCAUUCUGUAUGCUCUUCUGGAUACUGGUGAUUGUGGGAGGCCUGAUCAUCCUGAUAGUGUAUUUGGUGUUCCGGCCGCGCAGCCCUCGAUUCGACAUCUCGAGCACCACCAUCAACGCCGCGUACCUGGACAUGGGUUACCUGCUGAACGCGGACGUGACAGUGCUGGCCAACUUCAGCAACCCCAACAGCAAGGUGAAGGUGGAGUUCAGCUACGUGAUCUUGGACCUCUACUACGACAACAACUUCAUCGCCACACGUUACAUUGAGCCGUUUGCGGUGAUGAGGGGCGAGUCGAGGUUUGCAGACGUGCACAUGGUGGCUAGCCAGGUGAGGCUGUCGACGGAGCUUAGCAUGAAGCUGCAGAAACAGAUAGAACAAGGAAGAGUAAAUCUGGAGAUAAAAGGAUUGUUUAGAGCUAGGUCUAAAUUAGGAGGCAUUUUCCACUACUCCUACUGGAUGUAUGCGCAUUGCCAACUCGUCGUCACCGGCCCUCCCACCGGAGUUUUGAUCAGAAAAAAGUGCGUUACCAAGAAGUGAAUAAGUCAACCCAAUUUGAUCAUCAUUUAUUUUUUAUUAUUUUGAUCAUAAAUAUGUCCAGUCUUAUUUUUGUUGUCAUUUCUGGGUUAUCUGCUCACCUUUCCUUUCUGUCAUAGUCUGAAUAUUUAAAUGUGAGUUUUGAUCGAUUCAUUCUUCUA